UCAAACACGUGUUUCACUGGGACACUAGUGAGUGGUGCACACUUCCUUCGCCCGGCCACAGAAGACAAAAAAGAGUUGCUGGUGUAACAAUAGGAAGAAUAUAUUCCACUCCUCUCUUGUACACGCGGCUUAUGAGAUGAACGCUCGUCAAGAAGAACGUCCCCUUCAGCAGCAGGAGGAUCCACAGCCCCCCCACAUUAAAGAGGAAGAGGAGGAAGUGUGGAUCAGUCAGGAGGGAGAGUGUCCUGUAGGGCAGGAGGAGGCUGAUGUCAGCAAGUUUCCACUGACUGUUGUCUCUGUGAAGACUGAAGAGCAUGAAGACAAACCACCUGAGUCCUCACAGCUUCAUCACAGUCCAAAUGUCUGUGAAGAACAUCUUCUCCCUGAGCAACAGAAGUGGAGCUUCAGGAUGGAGCCACAGCCCUCCCACAUUAAAAAGGAAAAGAAACACCCACUGAUCCCCCAUUUUAAAGCGGAAGAGGAUGACCCACUGACCACUCACAUCAAAGAGGAAGAGGAGGACUCAUUGACCCCCAAUUUUAAAAAGGAAGAGGAGAAGCCACUAAUAACCCAUUUUAAAGAGGAAGAGGAGGACCUACUGACCCCUUACUUUAAAGAGGAAGAGGAGGACCAAGAGCCGCCGCACAUCAAAGAGGAAGAGGAGGAAGAGGGCAUCAGUCAGCCUAAAUGGUUGGAGGAGUUCCCAGUGACUGGUGUCCCUGUGAAGAGUGAAGAUGAUGAGGUGAAAGGUGAAAGUGAGGAGAGGGGAGGGGGGGAGCCUCCAAGCAGCAGCUCAACACAACACAUGACAACAGAAGCUGAUGGAGACCACUGUGGAGGAUCACAAGCAGACAAGCUCUUAGCUCCACUAUCAGAUAGUGAGGACACAACGUCACACUCUCCUGACACUGAUGAUGAAGACUCUAAAGAUGAUAAGACAUGUCACACUGACAACACUCACUUCACUUGUUCUCACUGUCACAAAACCUUUAAAUACCAUUGUCGUCUAAAAUCACACAUGAGAACACACACUGGAGAAAAACCUUUCUCUUGUUCAAUCUGUGGUAAAGGUUUUACAGUAGGUCAUAGUUUGAAAGUACACAUGAGAACACACACUUGUGAAAAACGUUUUUCCUGUUCAACCUGUGGUAAAGGUUUUACACAAAGUCAGAGUUUGAAAAUACAUAUUAGAACACACACUAGAGAAAAACCUUUUUCUUGUUCACUCUGUAGUAAAGGUUUUACACAAAGUAUCAAUUUGAAGGUACACAUGAGAACACACACCAGUGAAAAACCUUUUUCCUGUUCAAUCUGUGGUAAAGGUUUUAGAGAAAGUCAACAUUUGAAAGUACACAUGAGAACACACACUGGUGAAAAACCUUUUUCAUGUUCAAACUGCGGUAAACAUUUUACUCAGAGGCCAGAUUUAAAAGUACACAUGAGAACACACACUGGAGAAAAACCUUUUUCAUGUUCUAUCUGUGGUAAAGAUUUUACUCAGAGGCCACAUUUGAAAGUACACAUGAGAACACACACUGGAGAAAAACCUUUUUCAUGUUCAAUCUGCGGUAAAGAUUUUACUCGAAGGGAAAAUUUCAAAAAGCACAUGAGAAUACACACUGGAGAAAAACCUUUUCCUGUUCAAUCUGCAGUAAAUAUUUUGCGCAACGGCACUAUUUGAAAGAACACGUGAGAACACACACUCGAGAAAAACCUUUUACAUGUUCAGUAUGUUGUAAAAGUUUUUUACAAAGUCAGCAUUUGAAAAGACACAUGAGAAGACACCCAGGAGAGAAAGUGUUGAGUUGCAGUGUGUGUGGUGAA